AUGAAGGCUGACAAACCCAUUGGCACCCAACUUUUUGGGCAGGCCAAGAAAGAAACUAGUGAUGGUGCUCUAAAGGGUCAGCCUUCCAAAUCAGCUUCAAAGAAAGCUCAACAGAAGCCUCAAGAAUCAAAUAAGAAAAAGGGAAAAGCAACCAAACCAGCUGCAAAAAACAAGUAA